AUGUCCGGGACAGACUACACCUACGAUGGAGAGGGUCAAUUCUUCCCUUACUUCAUCGUCACCCUGACCAGUUUUGUCACGAUACCCGUCACCUACUCGCUUCUGAAGCCCAGCAAAGAGCUUGAAAGCACCGCGACUCGGAUAUCCUCAGACUUCGCCCCCGAACAUGCCGACCUCGUUGAGAAGCAGCGCAAGAAGCAGAAGCGGAGGGAGCGGAGGAUAAAGCGGGCGAUUGUCAGUCUUAUUGGGUGGUCGGUUAUUGUGGGCAUGAUCUACUUGAUCAUUGUCACUGCGCAGAGCGUGCCGAAUAUUUGGGAUCCAUAUGACGUUUUGGGCGUGUCUAGGUCAGCGAGCGAGAAGGAGAUAAAGAGGCAUUACCGAAAACUCUCCCUCACCCAGCAUCCCGACAAGCGACGCGAAGACUUGGAGAAGAAUAUUACCACAGAAGUGAUCAACGAUCACUGGGUAGAAGUCACGAAAGCUUUCAAGGCACUCACCGAUGAGGAAGUUCGCAACAACUACCUCCAAUAUGGUCAUCCGGACGGAAAGCAAAGCUUCAGCAUUGGUAUCGCUCUGCCCAAGUGGAUCGUUACCGAAGGACAUGGCAAAUACGUUCUCCUCAUGUACGCGCUCGCUCUCGGUGUGAUUCUUCCAUAUACAGUCGGGAAGUGGUGGUACGGUACUCAGCGGAUGACCAAGGAGAAGAUUCUGGUUGCGAGCGCUGGCAAGCUGUUCCGCGAGUACGACAACGAUCAGGGCGAAAGUGGCGUAGUCGGAGCUUUGAGUAGCGGCGAGGAAUUUAACGAAGUUUUGGCGGGGCACAAGGCGGACAACGGGCUUUCCAAGCUCGAGCAGAAAGUCUUGUCGAAAGAAACCGGUGCUCUAGUCUUGAGCGCCUUGACCAAGAAGGACCGCCAGAAGCUCGAUGAGCUCGACGACAGCAGGAGACGGAAAGUUCUUACGCUGCUAUGGGCAUACCUUGGACGUGUUGAGCUGGAUGACGAGACUCUCAACGAAGAGAAGUACGAGGUUGCACCUAUUGCGCUCAAGCUCAACGAGGCCUACACGUCUAUCGCUCUGGCGUACGGCUCCACCAAAGCCGUUCUCGCUGCAUACCAUACUUCUCAACUUCUGAUACAAGCGCUACGACCUGGCGCAUCGCCUCUGGAGCAACUCCCUCACUUCACUCCCGCCGUCGCCAACGCUGCUGAAGCAGAGCGAUCACGAACUCACUUGUCGAUUCAGGAAUUCCUGGCCUUACCAAUAGCUGAACGCAAGGCGCGUGUAGUGGCACCUGGUCUUGUGUCAGAUUCCCAGUACAGCCAGGCUCUGACCGUGGCGUCGCAGCUCCCCGUCCUGCACGUGGAAAAGCCCUUCUUCAAGGUCGUCGGUGAACGCUUUGUUACACCGAGCAGUUUGGUCCAGUUUGUCGUCAAAGCCCGUUUCAUUCCUCCUGGUGCUAUUAAAGUCCCUGAGGUAAACCCGAAAGAUCUACUCGACAUCGAUCCAGAUGAGGGAGACGUGGCUGCUAUCACAGGGCGCAAGGACGAUCGUUCUGGCCAGAAGCCUAUCCAACCACCUCUGGCUCACGCACCCUACUACGCUCGCGACCAUGCGCCUAGGUGGCACAUCUUCCUCGCAGACAGCAAGCAGGGUCGAAUCGCUGUGCCUCCCUUCACCUUCUCCACUUUCGACAAGCCAAUUCUCGACGAGAGCGGCAAGCCCACCUACAAUGUGCAAACACUCAAGAUGCAGUUCGGCGCCCCGCCCCAGCCGGGUGCUUACACCUUUGUGAUGCACAUGAUCUGCGACAGCUACAUCGGCUUUGACACCAAGAUGGAAGUGACACUCAACGUUGAAGACGCAAGCAAAGCUGAAGAGGUUGAGGAGGAGGGCGAGAUCAGCGAGCCAGAUGAGGACACCAUUGCUGGUCAGAUGCGCACGCUAAAAUCAGGCGGUGUGCCAGCGCCCAAGAAGCGCCGGGGCGCCGACGAUGAGUCGAGUGACGGCAGCGACACCGAAGGCGACGUAGAGUCCGAGAGCGAGACGGAUACCGACACUUCAGAUGAGGAAUAA